UGUAUGUUGGAUGGUGAGACUAGUUGGAUGUUAUUAAGCAUAGGAUAUACAGUAUGUUUGUCAGCCUAAAGUCACGAAUAAACUCAUUUUAAGUCAAAUAAAGGUGGUUAAGUGAUUUACUCACGGUUCACUACUACUCUGAUUAUCAUCGACAGUUAACUGUUUUCUUGACAACAGCGCCUCCUGGUGUCUUUAGGGGGAAUCAAACCGGCCAACACUACCACAUCAGUUUGAAGAUGGCGGAGGGUGAAUUGAACGUGGACAGCCUCAUCUCUCGGCUCCUGGAAGUACGGGGAUGUCGCCCGGGGAAGAUAGUCCAGAUGACAGAGGCAGAGGUGCGGGGCCUCUGCAUCAAAUCCAGGGAGAUCUUCCUCAGCCAGCCCAUCCUUCUGGAGCUUGAGGCACCCCUGAAGAUCUGUGGUGAUAUCCAUGGGCAAUACACAGAUCUACUGAGGCUGUUUGAGUACGGUGGUUUCCCUCCAGAGGCAAACUACCUUUUCCUGGGCGACUACGUGGACAGAGGGAAACAGUCCCUGGAAACCAUCUGCCUUCUGUUGGCCUACAAGAUCAAAUACCCAGAGAACUUUUUCCUGCUCAGGGGCAACCAUGAGUGUGCUUCCAUCAACCGCAUCUACGGCUUCUACGAUGAGUGCAAGCGCAGGUUCAACAUUAAGUUGUGGAAGACCUUCACUGACUGCUUUAACUGCCUCCCCAUUGCUGCUAUCAUUGAUGAGAAGAUAUUCUGCUGCCAUGGAGGGCUAUCGCCUGAUUUGCAGUCAAUGGAGCAGAUUCGCAGGAUCAUGAGGCCAACAGAUGUGCCUGACACAGGCCUGCUGUGUGACCUGUUGUGGUCAGACCCAGAUAAGGAUGUACAAGGUUGGGGAGAGAAUGACCGCGGGGUCUCCUUCACUUUCGGAGCAGACGUGGUCAGCAAAUUCUUAAACCGCCACGACCUGGACCUCAUCUGCAGAGCCCACCAGGUUGUGGAGGAUGGAUACGAGUUUUUUGCCAAACGCCAACUGGUCACACUUUUCUCUGCUCCAAACUACUGCGGGGAGUUUGACAAUGCAGGCGGCAUGAUGAGUGUUGAUGAAUCCCUCAUGUGCUCCUUCCAGAUCCUAAAGCCCUCAGAGAAGAAGGCCAAGUAUCAGUAUGGUGGUGUAAAUUCUGGUCGGCCUGUCACCCCACCCCGCACCACCCAAGCCCCCAAGAAGAGGUGAACGUGAAGCCGUGGCUCUCUUCCCCCCCCCCCCCCUUCUCACUCUGUCCGUCCUUGGUCUGCCAUUACGGCAACCCCUGUAACUCCCCUGUAUAGUGAAGAUACAGGGCUUAUCUAAUUGCCCAAAUCUUUCCCCUCUUUCUCCCCCACUCACCCCCUCCCCAACUCCACUGAUAGCUCUUUUCUUAAUGUGUAUGUGUACAUAAAUUUGCUGUGACCAAUCUGUUUUAUUUUUUUUGUUGCCUGUUUGUUGGUAUUUUUGAUAUUAUUAACAGAUAAUCUUUUUUUGUGGUUUUACUUCCAAUGCCAUUUAAGGUUGUCUGAGGUUCUGUGUCGUCUCUGUGUAGAGGGGCAAAGGGACUGAGUUAGAGGAAUUCUUUUUUUUUUAGUUUAACAAGUACACAUUAGAGAUUGAACAUUGUUUUUGCCUCGAUCUCUCUUAAAGUAGAGGGACUUCUUCCAAUGUGUUUCAAUGAGACUAAGGUCUAAAUCUGUAGACAAAUAACAUUUCUAAGGGUUCUGUUUAACAGUUUAAACACAUCACAGCAUAUGCAGUGCACUUGUGGUUGUUGUGCAGGCGCACAUUUUAUAUAUUUAACCAUUGAAAAAGUGCACCUCCCAGUGAGUAGCAAAGAAUGUGAAGAGACCGGCUUGAUCGGAUGCUGCUGGCAGUGGACACGCUCUCCCCGAACACAACGCCCUCUGGGCUUUGAUUCUUCCACUCCGUUAUGCCUCCCUGUGCCUCGACUCUACACCCACUCAAAAACAUGCAGCUCCUCACACAGAGCUGGUAUUGACAUUUUUUCUGGGUCUAUUUAUUAUUUGUUCUCAUCAAGAUAAUUUCCCCCAAUAUAAUCCUCUUGAUUUGUAGUAAGAGAUGCUGAGAGAUUUGUUUAAUGUCCAUGCACAGAGAUUUAACAAAUACUAUGAGUCACUUAUGGUCAGUAUUUUACCUGCAGACAUACUGGAUAUAUGGUGUACUAAAAGUGCUUGAAAAAUUGUCCUUUCAUCGUCUUUGUAUGAAGAAGCACAUAAGGAUAGAAAAUAUCUUACAGCACUGGUUGGCAAUUUUGCAAGUGUGUAACGUAUCUAAGUAAAGCCGUACAGAGUUUAAAAAGAUAAAAUAAAUGAAAAGCAAGCUUCACAAAUUGUUCCACAGUAUUUGAAUUGUUUAGUGCUGUGUUUAUAGAGCACACAACAUUACAAAAUGAAGGAAGUUUGCUCUUGGAAGCUUUUAAGUAAAAUGCCAGCUAUCCUCCUAUCACAUGGCCCAAUCUGUUCUGGUACAGGGUAUGAAAACUGGAGGAGUCAGGAGUGGGUGGCAGGACCCGGCCAUUAUGCUAUGUGAUAGUGAUGCCACCUGGUGUAUAAACUCAGUAGUACAGUAUAAAGUAGUACAAAUCAGAUGUGUAUUUUAAAAAAGACAGCUCAGGUUGGGCCUUUCAUUGCAUUGCCAGUACAAAAUGUUGUCAGUCACCACAAGGAGGUGCUGGCAGUUAACUUCAGUCUACUGCAAAUAAGAUGCAGUUGCCUCUUUCUUUCUUUCUUUUUUUCUCUUUGUGGUAUUGUGGGAUUAUUCUUUCUGUUCUGUAUUAUCUCCACAUUGUUUACUUUCUAAUCAUUUAAUUUAUUUCCUAAUACUGAUACA